UAGUGAUAAGGAUUGUACGAGACUUCAGUGCCCUGCAUUUGAAGAUUGUAGCCAAUUGUAGCAUUAUGCUAAUUGAUGCUAAUGACGCCGUUGGAAAGCCGGUAGCAGUGAAUGUGAUAACUACAAAAUGGAUAAUUUAAAUCAGUCGGAUGUAUCAAACUCGGAAAAAGUAUUACAAGAGGAAAAAGCCGUUUACAAACGUCGAUCGUUGGUGUUCCAGAGUCGUAUGAGUACAUUUGACGCGUAUGAAGGUGCACAACACAUACAAGGUGAAAAGUCUGUGGACAGUGGUGAUACAACAGAGUGUCCGUCCAAAAUUCAACAAGAGACAGCUUUUAAUUUAGAGGAAUAUAUAAAGAGCCUCAGAGAGGAGAGGAAAGAGUGGAUAGAAACAUAUAAACAGAGAAAAGCUGAACGAAGAAAACUGAAAAAGCAAAAGUUAUACUUAGAUACUGAAGGGGGACAGCCUUUAGAUCUAAGUAUUUUGUCAGAUUCUGAAAAAGCUUUCGUUACAGCUCGUCCAAAUUAUAUGUUAAUCUGUAAAAAUAAUCAAAAAUUAACAGUUACAACUUCAAAAAUAUCACUGCUAAAUCAGAUGAUAUAUGAAUUAAAUGAAAGAUUUAUUUUACAAAUGGAAAAAAGACUAAGGAAAGUUACAGACAAAAUCAUUGAAACAUCCGAAUCAUAAAAUUAACAUACAUCAUGGCAUAGGUAAAAUAGGUUAAGGUAAAAUUAAAUAGUUCGCAUAUAAAUUUUCUAUUUUUUAUUGUAACAUAUAAUAAAAUAAAUAUAUUUA